UCACCCUACCACCCCCAAGACCCCCCCAUCCUGGGGUGUGUCACUUCCUCCUUUGCAGCCUCCCAGAUCAGUACACAAAGGCUGCGGCUGCUGCUGCCUCUGCUGGGAGGAAGGGCCCUGCACGCACCUGCCAUGGUGGCUCCGUCGACGGCCCUUAUUUUCCUGCUGGUCCUGAGGAGAGGUGACAGUGACCCGGAUGCCAAGACCUCACAGAUCUCACCCCCACGGGAGGCCGCAGAAUGGGGGAGUCCUGAUCCAUUUCUGCAGGGCUCCUGCCAGCCAGCCCCCUCCUGUCAGAAAUGCAUCCUCUCCCACCCAAGCUGUGCCUGGUGCAAACAACUGAACUUCACGGCGUCGGGGGAGGCGGAGGAGCGGCGCUGCGCCCCGCGGGAGGAGCUGCUGGCUCGCGGCUGCCCCCUGGGGGAGCUGCAGGAGCCCCGCGGCCGGCUGGAGGUGCUGCAGGACAGGCCGUUCAGCUGGGGCCACCGCGGCGAGGGAGCCACCCAGCUGGCACCGCAGAGGGUGCGGGUCACCCUGCGGCCCGGGGAGCCCCAGCAGCUCCAGGUCCGCUUCCUCCGAGCUGAGGGGUACCCGGUGGACCUGUACUACCUCAUGGACCUCAGCUACUCCAUGAAGGACGACCUGGAGCGCGUGCAAAAGCUGGGCAAGGACCUGCUGGCCGGGCUGCGCGACCUCACCCACUCCGUGCGCAUCGGCUUUGGCUCCUUUGUGGACAAGACUGUCAUGCCCUUCGUGAGCACAGUGCCCUCCAAGCUCCGACACCCCUGCCCCAGCCGGCUGGAGCGCUGCCAGCAGGCCUUCAGCUUCCACCACGUGCUGCCUCUGACGGGUGACGCCGAGGCCUUCGGACAGGAGGUGGGACGCCAGAGCGUGUCCGGCAACCUAGACUCACCUGAAGGGGGCUUUGAUGCCAUCCUGCAGGCCGCACUCUGCCAGGAGCAGAUUGGCUGGAGAAAUGUGUCCCGGCUGCUGGUCUUCACUUCCGAUGACACGUUUCACACGGCAGGGGAUGGGAAGUUGGGUGGCAUUUUCCUGCCCAGUGAUGGGCACUGCCACUUGGACAGCAAUGGUCUCUACAGUCGCAGCACAGAUUUUGACUAUCCCUCCGUGGGUCAGGUCGCCCAGGUUCUCUCUGAAGCAAACAUCCAGCCCAUCUUUGCUGUCACUAGCGCCACGCUGCCUGUCUACCAGGAGCUGAGCAAGCUGAUCCCCAAGUCUGCAGUGGGGGAGCUGAGUCAGGACUCCGGCAAUGUGGUGCAGCUCAUUAUCAGUGCGUACAAGAACCUGUCAUCCACUGUGACCCUCGAACACUCUCUACUCCCUGAUGGGAUUAGCAUCUCUUAUGAAUCUCAGUGUGGGGGCCCUCAGCAGAGGAGGAGUGAAACUGGGGACCGACGAGGCCAGUGCAACGACGUCCGGAUCAACCAGACGGUGAACUUCUGGGUCACUCUCCAAGCUACCCAGUGCCUCCCAGCGCCCCAUCUCCUGAAGUUCCGAGCCCUGGGCUUCUCAGAGGAGCUGACUGUGGAGCUACACACACUGUGUGACUGUAACUGCAGUGACACCCAACUCAAGGCUUCCCACUGCAGCAAUGGCCAGGGCCACCUACAGUGUGGGGUGUGCAGCUGUGCUCCUGGGCGCCUGGGUCGACUCUGUGAGUGCUCUGAGGCCGAGUUGUCCUCCCCGGACCUGGAAUCUGGGUGCCGGGGCCCCAAUGGGACAGGACCCCUGUGCAGUGGCAAGGGACGGUGCCAGUGUGGACGCUGCAGUUGCAGUGGACAGAGCUCCGGGCGUCUGUGCGAGUGUGAUGAUGCCAGCUGUGAGCGACACGAGGGCAUCCUCUGUGGAGGCUUUGGUCGUUGCCAAUGUGGAGUGUGUCACUGCCAUGCCAACCGCACGGGCAGAGCGUGUGAGUGCAGCGGGGAGAUAGACAGCUGCGUCAGCCCGGAGGGAGGGCUGUGCAGCGGGCAUGGGCACUGCAAAUGCAACCGCUGCCAGUGCUCGGAUGGCUACUACGGUGCCCUCUGUGACCAGUGCCCCAGCUGCAAGACAUCGUGUGAGAGAUACAGGGACUGUGCCGAGUGUGGGGCCUUUGGGACUGGCUCCCUGGCCGCCAACUGCAGCCUGGCCUGUACUUAUGCCAAUGUGACCCUGGUUUCGGGCCCCAUCCUGGACGACUGGUGCAAAGCAAGGACCCUGGACAAUCAGCUGUUCUUCUUCCUGGUGGAGGAUAAAGUUGGUGGCAGGGUUGUGCUGAGAGUGAGGCCCCAGGAGAAGGGAGCAGACCACACCCUUGCCAUUGUGCUGGGCUGUGUAGGUGGCAUCGUGGCAGUGGGGCUGGGACUGGUCCUGGCUUACCGACUCUCAGUGGAAAUCUAUGACCGCCGGGAAUACCAUCGUUUUGAGAAGGAGCAGCAGCAGCUGAACUGGAAGCAGGGCAACAAUCCUCUCUACCAAAGUGCCAUUACAACCACCCUCAAUCCCCACUUCCAAGAGGCAGAGAGCCCCCUUCUCUGAAGAGGGCAGAGAUUAUCACCUCAGGACUCUUCUCUUUGGGAGAAUGAGGGAUGUGUGUGUGGGGUUAUCCACUGUGGAGAGGUUACCACCUGCUUUCAUUCACAGUGACACCUGAGAAGCUGCCUCUUACUGCAACUGUGCUCCCCAUAGCACACAAUAAAGUUUCAUUUCAGAUUACA